AUGGAAACCGCCGUAACUUGCAUGCCUGAUAGUGUCGAAGCUGAUGUUUCUCUAAACGAGGAACUCACAGAAUUAAAUAAUGUCGAGACAAACCAAUAUGACUGUAAGAAUAUUCAUAUUCAACAAACGGAAUUUGGUAAAGAUAAAAUUACACAAGAAAAGUCUGCAAGUGUAGUCCCUCCUGAUACAUAUGUUGACCCCGAAGCUUUUAAAAUAGGAAAUGUAAAUAUAUAUGCCGAAGAUAUCGGACCAAAGUUGUAUCCAGUGAGAGGCAAUGUUGUAACACCACCUAUUAUAACAAAAAAUCUUCCAGAAGCAUUUAAGUAUCUCCCUAUAUAUGGACGACCUAAAUCCAAAGCUGAUUUAGAAGAUUUUCUUAAUAAUAAAAUAAGGGAAUAUGUUGGAUGUGACUUUAGUGAUGAAGACUUUGAUAAACUUGCCAAGUAUUGUAGGUAUGUAUGUUUAAUACAAACUUCCACAUUUUUAUAA